AUGCUGCAGAUUGUGUUUUUACAUCCUGAUCUUGGUAUUGGAGGUGCAGAAAGACUUGUCGUAGAUGCGGCUUUGGCAUUGAAGUCUAAGGGACACCGUGUUAGUUUUUUGACAUCACAUCAUGACAAAUCUCAUUGCUUUGAAGAAACGAAAGAUGGGACGUUCUCUAUUACAGUUGUUGGAGAUUGGAUUCCUAGACAUGUUGGGGGAAGGUUUCAUGCUGCCUUCGCAUAUUUAAGAAUGAUCUUCACUGCUUUUUAUCUUGCUUUGAUUUCAAAUCUUAAACCUGAUGUUAUUUUUUGUGACCAGAUAUCGGCGUGUAUUCCUAUAUUGAAAUAUGGAACUGGUGCAAAAAUCUUGUUUUAUUGUCAUUUUCCUGAUCAACUUUUGACAAAGCGUCAAUCAUUUUUCAAACAAUUAUAUCGAGCGCCAUUAGAUUGGCUUGAAGAAAAAACUACUGGGAUGGCAGAUUUGGUUCUGGUCAACAGUCAUUUUACAGCUAAAGUCUUCAAAGAUACGUUCACAUCCCUCAAGUCACUGGAAACACAUAUUUUAUAUCCAAGUUUGAACACAGAAGUAUUCGAUGAUGCAAAGCAAACGUAUGGGAAGUAUCACAUAAAACGAGAUGCAUUUCCAUCUGAUGCAACCUGUAUAUUUCUUUCAAUAAAUCGGUUUGAACGAAAAAAAAAUUUAUCAUUGGCUAUCUAUGCAAUGGCGGAAUUGAAGAAAUUAUUGUCUGAUGCCGAAUGGAAUAGCGUUCAUCUUGCAAUGGCUGGUGGAUAUGAUGAGAAUUUAGCAGAAAAUGUUGAACAUUUCCAUGAACUACAAGAUUUACUAGGUAAACUUGAUUUAAGUGGAAAAGUUUCAUUCUUUAAAUCAGUAUCAAGUACAGCAAAAAUGGCUUUGUUUAAAUCAGCCUCUGCGGUUAUUUAUACUCCAUCAAAUGAACAUUUUGGUAUUGUGCCAUUGGAAUCGAUGUAUAUGGAAAAACCUGUUAUAGCAAUGAAGAGUGGAGGACCUCUGGAAACCGUAGAUAAUGAAAAAACAGGAUUUUUGUGCGAUGAGAAUCCAAUUUCGGUAGCGGAGGCAAUGGUCAAGUUCAUCAAAUAUCCUGACCUUGCGAAAGAAAUGGGAUCAGCAGGAAAACAGAGAGUGAAAACUCAUUUUUCAUUCACAUCAUUUGCAAAUACAUUGAAUGGAAUGAUACUAUCAAUAUCAUAAAAGAAUGGAAUCAAGAAGACAUGUGCUGAAAGCAUUGCAGUACAUAUAAAUAGGCUGAAACUGGGCGAACAAAUAAUUGGACAAAUUGCCAAACGAAUAAGCAACAUUGCAUUGGAAUAGACAGCUAUUAUUUUCAGAAGCGGAUGAAAGUGUAACUAUUUUUCGUUUAACUUUUUUUUCAUACUUCGUUGCAACUUUGUCAACAAAGAACGUUUUCAUAAAUUAUUGUUCAACUUAGCAACGUACCUGGAUACCAUAAAUUUUAUGUCUGAUUUUCAAUCUGAGCGAGACGUGCAUUGUGUACUUGUGGAAAAUUCAUAAAAAUACACCAGCGACCUAUGGAAAAUUUAGUUUUGCGAUAUUGUAACACAAUGCGAUAAAAUAACUGUUCAUUGAUAAUCGAGUUGCAAGCAGUGGCGCAGCAGUGGGGUUCAAGUUUGAACGUCUACUUUUGAAAUUUUCUGACUAAAAUAAGGGAAUGAAUACUCUGAGUGAAAGACGUUUUAUAAAAUACUGCAAAUAAAACGAAAAAUAUACCAUGAAUUUUGUUUUAACAGCCACGCGAGAGAUAAAACACAGUAUGUUAGACACUGUAAAUCGCCAAAAUUCAUGUUCUUGCGGCAGACAUUAUAUUCGGGGAAGGCCAAUACCGAAUAAUUGAGUAUUUCGAAUGCAUUCAAAAUUAUUAUUUUCGAAUAUGAAAUAUCCAAGACAUUCAAAAAUCAAGUGAUUUACAUAUAAUAAACAAUAAACUAACUGUUAUCUACAAGCAUUUAUGUCCGCAGCUUGCUGUGAUAUUUUUUAUUGCUUUUAUUUUUUCAUAUCAAAUUGCUUAAAUAAUAAACAUAUGCAGUGAGUGUGGUA